CACACACGGGCCCACUUCAGUCCCAUACGGGUCGACGAAGAGGCCACACGCCGCUCCACCAACAGAACAGUUUUCCAUCAUUCCACGGGGGCGACCGAACUGCCGUUCCGUUUUGAACCAUUUUUCGGAACGUUGUUUUUUUGUUGUAGCAGUUAGUAUCGUGCGGCCAGAUAAACGGGCAGCUAAUUGUGAAACAGUGUGACACAUUCAACCCGCGGUACAGAAUGACCGGUGCCAUCGAUUUGCUGCUGAGCGUAAGUUUCCAACCACACACACACACACAGUUAGCGGUUGAUCGUGUGAAGAUCACAUCAACGCGACCCUCACCACCGUCGUCGUGGCUCCUCAUUGCGGCGCAAAUUGACAAAACACAUUGGCGCCACGACUAAGUUGUGUUCCCGCGUUCCACCAGCGGACGACCUCUGCCACGGCUAACGACAAUGCUUUCCCGAUGAUGCUGGCAGAGGCUCCGUUGAAGAACAAAUGAAAGUCAAACAGCAAGGAGGAGCAAAGAGGGCUUGUGAGAUAAGGGAAGAACUUACCAUACUCUCCCAACACCACCACCAUCACCACCAUCACCACCGUUACCGCGCUGGGAUGGCUAAUCUUUUCCGCCAGUCCAACGCCGCACCAACAAUGUGCGCGAUCUUUCAAAUUUUCGUACAGUUUCGUGUCGAUAAACUGAAACAAGGGCACGUGUUGUGUUGGGGGAAGUAAUACUAUCCCGAAUCCGGCCAUGAAUUCGAUAGGGCGCAUGUCGCAUGAUCGUUUGAUCAGGUGUGUGUUGUGUGUGUUUCGGUAGAAAAAGGUUCUGUAAAAAUACGUUUACGGCCCAUUCAAAACGAGCUGUUAAAACAUCUCUAUCGCUGCAAUCAGUGUGUGGCUAGAGAUAUCGCCGAUGAGAUGACUGGCUCGCGAGACGCUUUGGAGUGGUUCCAUGGUUAGUUACGUUUGCAUGAAGUAAAUUACAACGUACGUCCGCACGAAUAAUGCACGAUCAUCAUCGUGGCGUAGUGACGAUCACGUUCAAGUGGAGGGAUCGUUGUGUAGGUUCAUUAUUACCUUUUACCUUUCUAGCUAGCACGCAAUGUACUGUAAUCGCUGCUCCGUAAUAAGGAAGAUGCUUUACAACCGUCUGUUUUUAUAGCAACGGUGUGAUAAUCUUAUCGUAGUGACAAUAUUUUACCAACUCGAACCACUUUACAGCACCAUAAACAGAAAAGGGCCGUCGUUGUUGGGUCUGAUGAUAUCGAUCCGUGUGGUGAUCAGAAGCAGAACAAAAAACGCGUGACACCGUUUGUCCUUGUCCUUGACUCGGCUCGGGGAAGAGGGAUCAAGUUUUGUCUGCUCUCGGGUGCUGGUGGUAGCCACCGGAAUUCUUAAAACAGGUCUGGCCUGUGGCACACGAAACUGCCCUGUAGAACACAUCAAUCAUUGGCAUGAUUAGACAGAUUGAAUAAUGUUCUAGAUCCACAGACACACAGGCCACUUUCUGUGUGUGGCGAUUGUCCGUCCAAAAUUUUGCAACGUUGUUGGGUUAGGUUAAGAAUGGAAAGGCGAUGUCUCAUCCAGUUUUGGAAGGGGCCCGUUUUUAAAUGAAUGAAGUUUUUUGAGCAUAGAAAAGCACAAGCUAAUUGCGAACAAACAAAAAAAAAGAAGGAGGGAGUGGUAUGCUCGGUGUCUAUAAAACCAACCCCGCACGGGCUAUCAUCACGUCAGUGAUCGUUAGAUGAUCGUGAGCACAGACCACAGACCGUCGCUGCAUAUCGUUCGUUUGUCUGCGCGCAGUCAGUUGCAUUCGGGGUUUUUUUUGAGCACUCAGAAACAAGAAGUUGAGCACGCUCCGGAACAAUAGCGUGUUGUGCCACGAGUGAGUUCCCACGGGUUUCACAUUCAAGAACGCUGGCGUGUUGCAACCUCUCCGGGCGGAAACGUCGAGAAGUUCAAACGACGACAGAACGGAACCAUCAUCGACCGAGUGGCAGCUGGUAGUGGCGAUGCUGGGGCUACAGAAUUCGUGCAUCGUGCUCAACGCCAAGGCAGUCAACAGUGAUGGCGGUGGUGGUGGUGGCGGCGUGGCCGAUGGGGGAAAAGUGCAUUUUAAAAUGCUCAAUCCAUGUGCCGACAUUGGGCAGCAGCAGGUGCGCGGACACCAGCGCAUACCGUCGGACACGAAAGAGUUCCACGAAGCGACGAAGCGCGAUGCCCUGAUGCGCCUCAAGAAGGACCUGGACCAUCUGCUGGAAACGGUCGAGGAGUCGCGCAAAACCGGCGUGCAGAAGGAGAUGUGCGGAUUCGAGGCCCUGUACCACCGGUUCCUGCAAGAGGAUGGCCCGUCGGUCGAGUGGGAUCGCAUCGAGAAGCUGCCGGAGGAGGCGGUGAAGGACUACUCCACGCUUAAACUGCCCCAGGAGGCGCACAUUCGCGACAUGCUGGACAAGCUGGUCGUGGUGAAGCUGAACGGUGGUCUCGGCACGUCCAUGGGAUGCCACGGGCCGAAGAGUGUGAUUCCGGUGCGCAACGAUCUCACCUUUCUCGACAUGACCGUGCAGCAGAUCGAGUUUCUGAACAAAAAGUACAACGCCAACGUGCCGCUGGUGCUGAUGAACUCGUUCAACACCGACGUCGACACGGAGAAGGUGAUCCGCAAGUACAAGGGCUUCCAGGUGCAGAUCUACACAUUUAACCAAAGCUGCUAUCCCCGCAUCAGCCGGGACUCGCUGUUGCCGAUUGCGAAGGAUUUUGACAUCGAGAAUGAUAUUGAAGCAUGGUACCCACCCGGUCACGGUGAUUUCUACCAGUCGUUCCAGAACUCGGGACUGCUGCGAAAGUUCCUCGAGGAGGGGCGCGAGUACUGCUUCCUGUCCAACAUCGACAAUCUGGGCGCAACGGUCGACAUCAAGAUACUGAACCGGCUCAUUGGCGACGACCGGCAGGGCGAUAAGCCGAUCGAGUUCGUGAUGGAGGUGACGGACAAGACGCGUGCCGACGUGAAGGGUGGUACGCUGAUCCACUACGAGAACAAGCUGCGCCUGCUGGAGAUUGCCCAGGUGCCGAAGGAGCACGUGGACGACUUCAAGUCGGUGAAGACGUUCAAGUUCUUCAACACCAACAACAUCUGGGCCCGGCUGGAGUCAAUUGAGCGGGUACUGAACGCCAAGACGAUGAACAUGGAGAUCAUCGUCAACAACAAAACGCUCGACAAUGGCAUUCGCGUGAUCCAGCUCGAGACGGCCGUCGGUGCGGCGAUGAAGUGUUUCGACGGUGGUAUCGGCAUCAAUGUGCCGCGAUCGCGCUUCUUGCCGGUGAAGAAAACGUCCGACCUGCUGCUGGUCAUGUCCAACCUGUACAGCCUCAAGUACGGCUCGCUGGUAAUGUCCCCACAGCGCAUGUUCCCCACCACCCCGCUGGUGAAGCUGGGCGACAAUCAUUUCAGCAAGGUGAAGGAAUUCCUCAGCCGCUUUGCCAAUAUUCCCGACCUGAUCGAGCUGGACCAUCUGACCGUGUCGGGCGACGUGACGUUCGGGCGGGGGGUCUCGUUGCGUGGCACGGUCAUCAUCAUCGCUAACCAUGGCGACCGUAUCGAUAUUCCGGCCGGUGCAAUCCUCGAGAACAAGAUCGUGUCCGGCAACAUGCGCAUUCUGGAUCAUUAAGGAAAGGGAGAGCGAGCGGGAGAGGAGAAGAGGAAAGUGCACAAGCAUCAUGGUUAAAAGACAGGCCAGUUGGACGAUACUCAGGAGCGAUACAAGCGCAAAGUGUGUGAAACAUGCGAUAAACAUUAUCUUAAAUCGGUUGGGAAAGCGGUAGAUUGUAGUUCUGGAAGAAAGCAAUACACGUAACGUUAUGCAAGAAAACAGUUUUCAAAAAGACGGAUACGAAGCUCUCAUGUGGGUUUGGUUGACUAAUGUAGCACAAGUUUUUGAGAGUUAAAAACAGAUGUGGAUGUGUGUUUUUGAGGGGUUUAAUUAUCGUUAUCAUGGAGGGAGAGCCUACCCGAGCGGGGGGAGUCUUUUCGUUUAAUGAUUGUUUGAAUAAAAAAAUUACCACACCAUUGAA